UUCAAGGGGAGAGGGAUGGGAGGGAGUCCUGACCCCUACUGCCUGCGCACAGCUGUUAAGGUUUAAGGAGACCCUUAGGCAUAUAGGGAGGGCUGACACUUCCACCUGCGGCGACUGCUGGGCCUGCCAGAGGAGAAGCCGAGAGCCGGGAAAACCAGCCCUUCCGGGGCGCUGGGCUCGGGACAGAGGCCGAAGACGCGCCGGGAGGGAAGACCGGCAGCUGGAUCGUCCCCUGGGGCCGUACAACGGCCUGGCCCGCGCGGCUCGGGUGGGCGCUGUCUGUGUGCGCGCUUUGCCCUUGCCCGCCCUCCCCGCUGCGACCCCAGCCUAGGGCAGGAGCAGAGCCCAGGCGCAGUGGCCCGGGGCGAGGAGGGCCCGCCCCGCCGCUCGCCGCCAUGGAGUCAUGGCCGCCUGGCGGCUCUGGGCCCGCGGAGGCCGGGCGUCGCCUGCGCGACUUGCGCGGCGCCGACUUGGCGGCCUCGGCCUCCUUGCUGAGCGGCGCCGGGGCCGAAGCCGGGUGCAGCGCGCCGGCCGUGGCGGCCGUUUUGCCGGCGGGGGGGAGCGGGGAGAGGAUGGGCGUCCCCACCCCGAAGCAGUUCUGCCCCAUCCUGGAGAGGCCGCUCAUCAGCUACACCCUGCAGGCCCUGGAGAGAGUAUCUUGGAUAAAGGACAUUGUUGUGGCAGUAACUGGAGAGAACAUGGAAGCAAUGAAGUGUAUUAUUCAGAGGUACCAGCAUAAAGGCAUCUCUCUGGUUGAAUCUGGAGUGACCCGCCACAGGUCAAUUUUCAAUGGACUAAAAGCACUGGCAGAGGAUCAGCCCAACUGUAGACUCUCAAAGCCAGAAGUAGUGAUUAUCCAUGAUGCUGUGAGACCAUUUGUGGAGGAAGAUGUCCUCCUUAAAGUUGUCACAGCUGCUAAGGAACAUGGGCAUAAUGCCUGUGAGGUCUUCACAUGUCCUGAAGAUGGCCAUUUAGGUUUCCAUGUUUUGGCUGUCGUAAAUAAUGCUGCAGUGAAUAUGGAGGCUGCAGGAGCAAUCCGACCUCUUGUAUCUACUGUCAUCAGUCCAUCUGUAGAUGGCUGUUUAGACCACUCACUGGAACGUGCGAGACACAGGGCAAGUGAAAUGCCACAGGCCUUUCUAUUUGAUGUGAUCUAUGAAGCAUAUCAGCAGUGUAGUGACUAUGACUUGGAAUUUGGAACUGAGUGUUUGCAUUUGGCUCUAAAAUACUGUCACAUCAAAGCCAAACUUAUAGAAGGAUCUCCUGACCUCUGGAAGGUGACCUACAAACGAGAUCUGUAUGCAGCUGAAUCGAUUAUUAAGGAAAGAAUUUCACAACAAAUUUGUGUAGUUAUGGACACAAAAGAAGAUGAGGAACAUGUAGGUCAUCGUCUUGAAGAAAUGCUAAAAAAUGAAUUAAAUCAUGUAAAAGUCACAUCUGGCAGAGAUCUUCAGCAAAUCAUCUUAGAGCAAUGCUACAAUUUUGUUCGUGUGAAUGUUAUGACCUCUGAUUUUGAAGAAACCCAGAAAUUACUGAAUAUGCUUGAAGAGAGUAAUCUUUCCAUUUUAUAUCCUGUUGUUGUUAUUUCAGUGCAAUUUCUUGAUUAUGAAUCAGUACCAUUUGGUCAGAAAAUGGAAAACCUAAUGCAGAUUAGAGAAUUUGCCAAACAAGUGAAAAAAAGAAAUAUUUUAUUAUAUGGGCUUCUCGUAUAUUACCCACAGGAUGAACAGAAGCUACAGGAAAGUUUAAGGCAUGGUGCCACCAUUAUUGCUGCCUUAAUCAAAGAAAGAAAUUCCGGACUCAUUGGUCAACUACUGGUAGCAUAAAGAACAUGAAGAAAAUUACCUACUGUGUUCUUAGAAACAUUUACCUAAGUAUCUCUUUUGUGCUUCUCUCCGAAUUGUAUAUGGUAGAAUGUUUAAGUUGUAUUUUAUGUCUUUUAUAAUUUGGAGGAUGUGAUGCUUAGGUGAACUUGAAAACUAUUUAUGCAUGUCAAAUAUAAAUCGCUUAAACCGGAAAAGAACAGAUAAGUGGAAAAUAAUAGCCUUCACAUAAAGAAUGUGUGCCUUUUCACAAAGGCAUGAAAGAUAAAAUAGAAAUAAUGAUGAGUCAGCUAAUUCUCCAAGGAAUGAGAAUUUAGGAAAUGUCAACUAUUAUCUCUCUGUUAAUUAGUAAAUCACACUAUAAUGAAACUAAUAAAUAAUAUUAAUGAGUAUUGUUAAUUCUAACAUUAUCCUCUCUCCAUGGGUUAUUUUGAAUUGCAUUCCAAUUUUUCACACCUUAAAAAAAAAGAGGAGAUAGCAGUGAACUCUGGUUUGAGUAUCUGUACCAUUAGCCUCACAUUACCCUAGAUCUCUAAAGGAGAUGUAAUCUCCUGCUUUUCUAAUGUUUUAAAAUUGUAUGUUUUCCUUGGUUUAUGAAAUAUAGUUUUGACUUACAUUAUUUUUAAAGGCUUCUGAUUUUUCUGAAUAACUUUAAAAGAAGACUGGAAAGCUUCAUGAAAGUGAAGUUAUUUUGGUCAAUCUUAAGUUAGUCUUCUAAAAGGAAGAGAGUCCAUUGCACAUAAAAUAAUUUUCUUUUGAUACGGAUAACUGCUGCCUUUUUAAAUCGAGUUCUUAUUCUUUCAAAUUUCCACUGGUAUAUACAUCUUAAAUAUUGAUGAUUUGUCCCUUACCUUAUAUUUUACAGUUUUGUCAAUCCAGUCAUUUGAGAUGCCUUUUAUUCUAUAUAUACACUUCAUAAAAACACAUAGAUCAGAUUAUGCCAGGGCUUAGGCUGCACGUGGGAACUAUAAAAAUUGCAUGAAAUGUUUUCAGUUAAAGACAGACUGUGAGGGCUUCCCUGGUGGUGCAGCGGUUGAGAGUCCACCUGCCAAUGCA